ACCUCACCAUAACAGUUGCCUUUGAAGACCUAUCGAAAAUGUCUCUUAAAAUCAAUAUAUUUGUGAUCUGUGUGUUGUGUGUGGCUUUGUACAGUGCCACGGAUCUGAAUAUAGGAAUAAUUAACGGACAGUUGGGGUACCAGGAGCAAGUCAAGCUCAGCAGUAUACCGCUAACAGUGAGAGUGAAGAACGUAUUCUACACUUCCAAUAACACGAAAGUUAUAAAGGGUAUAUCAGCUGUGGAUCUGGCUAAUACUAAGGCCAAAGUGAAGAUCACAGCGGGCGGCGUCAACUUCUCAUUUGUAAACGUCUUACUCAAUAGCGAGCGAGGCGAAAGCCUUAACUAUUUGGUUCAGAUAUAUGUGUAAUAGUCUUGUCACCUUUUUAUAUCCUAUUUUAUAAUUUUAGAAGUCAUAUAAGCUAUGGCAUCUUAUUUUCAGAAAUAAAUGAAUUAAUCAUA